AUGGCGAUGAAAUUAUCAGAUAUUCUGCCUGCUCCAGGUCAGCAUUAUGACAGAGAAGAUGAUGAUCGACAAUACAGAGCAAAUGCAGCGGUAACUGCUGUUACUAGUAAAUGGACUGCUCCACCAUAUGGACACAGAAAAGGCUGGGUGCCUCGCUCACAGGAUGACUUUGGAGAUGGAGGUGCUUUUCCAGAGAUUCCUGUUGCUCAAUAUCCCCUGGAGAUGGGACUGAAGAAAAGCUCCUCCAAUGCUUUACCAACACAGCUUGAUGCUCAGGGUAAAAUCAAGUAUGAUGCCAUAGCAAAGUAUGGCCAUGGCAAGGAUAAGGUUGUCCAUUCAAAGUUCCAGGAUCUGGUUCCAAAACAAAUGGAUGAAGAUGAUCCAGAGUUGGAGAAACCGAAUGAAGAUUCUAUUCGGGAAACAACAGAGAAGACUAGACAAGCCCUGGAGAGACUUGUAUCUACAAAGAUAUCUGCAGCCCUACCUGUGCGAGCUGCAGAAAAACAGGCACCAGCUCAAUACAUUAGAUAUACCCCAUCACAACAAGGCGUGGCUUUUAACUCUGGAGCCAAACAAAGAAUCAUUAGAAUGGUGGAUGCUCAGAAGGACCCCAUGGAACCUCCCAAGUUCAAAGUAAACAAGAAGAUUCCUCGUGGACCUCCUUCACCUCCUGCCCCUGUGAUGCACUCACCAAACAGAAAAGUGACAGUGAAAGAGCAACAAGAAUGGAAGAUUCCCCCUUGUAUAUCUAACUGGAAAAACGCCAGAGGCUAUACCAUUCCUCUGGACAAGCGGUUAGCAGCUGAUGGCCGCGGGCUCCAAGGUGUCCACAUCAAUGAAAACUUCGCUAAAUUAGCUGAAGCGCUUUACAUUGCUGACAGAAAGGCAAGAGAAGCUGUUGAAAUGAGAGCACAGAUUGACAGAAAGAUAGCACAGAAGAAAAAGGAAGAGAAAGAAGGAGUACUGCGACAGCUGGCUCAGAAAGCUAGGGAGGAAAGAGCAGGCAUCAGGAGGGGAGAUGGUGAUGAUGAUGUAGUGGAACGAGAUGACCUUCGUAGGGAAAGACAGAAAGACAGACAGAAGGAUCGUAACUUGUCCAGGGCUGCCCCUGAUAAGAGGUCACGACUACAGAAAGAGAGAGAGCGUGACAUUAGCGAGAAGAUUGCUCUUGGUCUCCCUAACACAGGUGCAGGGUCAUCAGAGGUUCAGUAUGACCAGCGCCUCUUUAAUCAGUCCAAGGGGAUGGACAGUGGGUUUGGUGAUGAGGAGGCAUACAACGUAUAUGACAAGCCAUGGAGACAGGACCAGACCAUCGCCAGUAAUAUCUACAGGCCAUCUAAAAACAUUGACAAGGAUAACUAUGCAGAGGAUUUGGACAAUCUCAUCAAGUCUAAUAGGUUUGUACCAGACAAGGGAUUUGCUGGCUCAGAUCCGAGUCGUAGGCGAGAGGGACCGGUCCAGUUUGAGCAGGCUGAAGAAGAAGAUCCUUUCGGUCUUGAUCAGUUCUUGAAGAAAGCUAAGCGUGGUGAGAAACGAGGAAAUGAAGAUAACCGUUCAAGUCGUGAUUAUGAAGGCAGCAAAAGUAAACAUAAGCGUAGGGAAUAGUGAAAGAUAACAAGAGAAAGACUGAGAAUGAUGCGAAAAAUCACCUCUUCAAGGAAUUCAGGAAAUUGUAACAUUGCUUAAUUGUUCAGAAAAAAACAGACCAUCAGAGAAAAGUUUUAAGUCAAACUGAAGAAGAUGAAAAACAGUCAUCAAAAGUGCUGACCUAAAAUCUGGACUUUCAGAAAUGCUCACUAUCAAAUGCUUGUAACAGAUUUAUUUCAUGUUAGAGAAAUGACGGGGUAAUAAGGAUUAAACUACUCACUUAUUUAGAUAGCAUCAAUAUUCUUCAGAGAAUUAUAGUGUUAAUAGAAUAAUUGAUAUCAAAGUGAGGAAAAUAGUCCAGAACUGUCAGUUCAGUAAGUGUCUUUGCUACUCUCUCCUUGUAUGUAAGGGUAGGUCUGUCAAAAUAUUCUGGUAACACAACAGAGAAUGGACAAAUAUUUUAAGUACAGAAAGCAGGUUUUGAAAGCAGUACAAAUGGUACCUUGAAAUUCUUUUUGUCAUUGAGUAGAUAGCCUGUACAUGUAGUUGUUUUUACAAGUUAUAAAUAUAUUGUAUGAUAUUCUGGAAGAGUACCCAACAUCCUACUAUAUCUUUUUAUUCUUCCUGUUGACUGCCAUGAAAUUCAACAUGCUACAUAUAAUGGGCAUGAAGGACUCAGAAUUGACCAGAUGUACAUCAAGUCACAAGGUAUCAAAUGGGUCAGCACUUCGGUUACGAUAGGUAGCUAUGUUUUACUGCUUUUACUGUUUACUCAUGCAUGACCAAAAAGUUGUGAAGCAUAACAACUUGAUUAAAGAUGUGUUCUAAAGAGAAUAAAAAGGAUGUGUAUAUAGA